CUUGAAGCCAUGGAAACAUCUCAGCAGCCUCUCUCCAUUGAAAGCUUUUCAUACAGUUGGUUAGUGAAUCUCAAGCCUCCUUCUUUUGAAAGCCUUGACAACUCCCUUAGGACUUCGCUAGAUGCAUCCGAUGAAGCCUCCUUCAUCGAGAUGGACCCAACAAUGCCACCCUCUCAGAGAUUCUUUAGGAUUUCCCAGCAGGAUUUCAAAUUCGACUCAUCACAGUCUCCUCUCUCUUCCCUUGUUCAUGCCGAUGAGCUCAUUUCCAAUGGUUAUCUUUUGCCACUUUCGGUGGAUGAUCCAUUGAAGAACAUGGAGUCAUACGACGAUUACUAUGAUCAAGCCUCGGAUUCUAGUACUGCAAAUCUUCCGGUCUCUUCAUCAAAAGAAGCUUCUCCGACAGAUAAGAGUACUGAUGCAGAUUGCUCUAAUUCCAUGAGAAGGUGCAGAAGAUUAUCGAAAAGAAUAUUUGAGAAGUACUUGGAUUUUCUCAAACCCUUGUACAAAAGGAUUAGAGGGGGACAUAAAGCGAACCCUAAAGCAGCUGGGAAUCAUGUCGAUAAAAGGUUCCAUUCAGCAAAGAACAGCAGGGUGUAUUCAUCAGAAACUGCAUCUCCGCGAAUAAGUGUAGCCUAUUCUGCUCCCGAUGAUUGGCGAAGGUCCUGUGAUUCCGAGAGCUCUAUCUAUGAGGCAGUUCUUCAUUGCAAAAGAUCGAUAGAAAACUAAGUCAAGUGGUGCAAAUAAAGCAGUGAAAAUAGACGAAGAAAGAGACACAGAAGAAAGGGAAUGAAUAAAGGAAUACACAUGGGAAGAUCAUCAGCCACUUGUUCUCAAAUUUGUCAUCUUCUUAUAUAGCUUUGUCUAUAUUUUUCUUGGAUGAUAUCUCAGAACUUAUGUGGAUGUUCUUGAUGAAAAUUAAUUUCUGACCUUGUAGGGACGAGAAAGUAGAAACACACUCCUUAAUUUUUGUUCCUACUUGUCUUUUGCUCUAUGUGGGAGGGAGAAUUUCAGAAUUCUCUUCUCUUUGCUUAUAUUCCUGUAAUAUUAAACGAAAUGGGAAUUAUUUUGAUC